UUCGCCGGCCGGCAUGACGUCACAUCCGGAUACUUCAACGACACUGCGAGGCUUUUCUGUGUUUAAAAACGUGAAACGCCACAUUUUAUGUUAACGUUAAUUUGACCGUGAGUGUGAAAAGUGAAUCGUUGGCCUUCUACCUGUAGUGGGAAACCCCAAAAAAACAAGUCACAGACGCGGUGCUGCAAACGGCGGCGACGGUUUCAUCAGCAGCUCUUCAGGGGGAGGAGUCGUUCACACGCGAAGUCCACCUCUGUUGAACUAUUUCUGUGAUAAAUGAUGGAAUAACGCGUUCACGAAGAUGAGAACAACUCGAUAGAAGACGUUGCUCGGGGGCCGGGGCAAGUAGGCAGCCUACACGGGACAAACCACGGGACUUCAGGAGUGACAGUGAAGGCAUCAAACUGACCAUGCUGCUGCGAAGGUUGGCCCUGUGUUCAAGGAGCCACCACCUGGAUUACCAGAAACACGUAUGCCUCACCAGAGCCCUGACCCAAGCUCCCCAGAGGAGUGCCCAUGGCAGCUCCUUUGCACACCGCGGUGAACUGCGUCAGGCCAAGAGGAUCGUGGUCAAGCUCGGCAGUGCUGUGGUCACCCGUGGCGAUGAAUGUGGCCUGGCACUGGGGAGGCUGGCCUCCAUUGUGGAGCAGGUGGCCAUGCUGCAGAAUCAAGGCAGAGAGAUGAUGAUUGUCACCAGUGGAGCGGUGGCCUUUGGCAAGCAAAGAUUAAGACACGAGAUCCUGCUGUCCCAGAGUGUCAGACAGGCGCUGCACUCGGGACACAAUCAGCUCAAAGACAUGUCUUUGCCGGUCCUGGAGGCCCGGGCCUGUGCUGCGGCGGGACAAAGUGGCCUGAUGGCCCUGUACGAGGCCAUGUUCACCCAAUACAGCACUUGCACUGCACAGGUUCUGGUGACAAAUCUGGAUUUCCAUGAUGACCAAAAGAGGCAGAAUCUGAACAGCACACUGCAGGAGCUCCUGCGUAUGAACAUCGUACCCAUCAUUAACACCAAUGACGCUGUGGUGCCCCCGCCGGAGCCCAACAGCGACCUGCAGGGGGUAAAUGUCAUCAGCAUUAAGGACAAUGACAGUCUAGCGGCGCGGCUAGCUGUAGAGAUGAAGGCUGACCUCCUCAUCGCGCUGUCUGACGUGGAAGGACUGUACAACAGCCCCCCUGGAACGGAUGACGCCAAGCUCAUUGACAUCUUUUACCCUGGAGACCAGCAGUCCAUCAUCUAUGGGACAAAGUCCAGAGUUGGAAUUGGAGGCAUGGAGGCCAAGGUCAAGGCUGCCAUGUGGGCCCUGCAAGGUGGCACCUCAGUGGUCAUUGCAAAUGGCACCCACCCCAAAGUAACAGGUCAUGUCAUCACUGACAUUGUGGAGGGCAAGAAAGUGGGAACCUUCUUCUCUGAGAUCAAACCUGCAGGCCCAACUGUGGAGCAUCAGACAGAAAUGGCACGCACCUCUGGAAGAACCCUGGCAUCGCUGCACCCCGACCAGAGGAGUGAGAUCAUCUGCCAUCUUGCAGAGUUGUUGACUGACAAAAAGAAAGAGAUUCUGACUGCCAACAAGAUGGACAUGGACCUGGCUGUAAAUGCAGGCCAUUUGCCACCAGCCAUGCUGAAGCGCCUGAGUUUGUCACCAUCCAAACUUAGCAGCUUAGCCAUUGGUCUGCGCCAGAUUGCUGUGGCCGCCCAGGACAGUGUGGGUCGUGUACUGCGCAGGACCAGGGUAGCUCACAACCUGGAGCUGGAGCAGAUAACUGUGCCCAUUGGAGUUCUUCUGGUCAUCUUUGAGGCCCGACCUGACUGCCUGCCACAGGUUUCAGCAUUGGCCAUAGCCAGUGGUAACGCCCUCCUGCUGAAGGGAGGCAAGGAGGCAGCCAACACCAACCGGGUCCUCCACCAGCUCACCCAGGAAGCCCUUUCCCUGCAUGGAGUCAGAGAGGCAGUGCAGCUGGUGAGCACUCGUGAGGAGGUGGAGGAUCUAUGCCGGCUGGACAAGAUGAUCGACUUGAUUAUCCCUCGAGGUUCAUCCCAGUUGGUUAGGAACAUCCAGCGGGCUGCGAAGGGCAUCCCGGUGCUGGGUCACAGCGAGGGAAUCUGCCACGUCUACGUUGAUGGGGAAGCCAGCGUGGACAAGGUCAUCAAAAUUGUCAGAGACUCCAAGUGUGACUACCCGGCUGCAUGCAACGCCAUGGAAAGCCUGCUGAUUCACAGGGACGUCCUCAGGAUGCCUCUGUUUGACCAGAUCAUUGACAUGUUGCGCACUGAACAGGUGAAGAUUCAUGCGGGCCCUCGGUUCGCCUCCUACCUGACAUUCAGCCCGUCAGAGGCAAAGUCCCUGCGUACAGAGUACGGUGAUCUGGAGUGUUGCAUUGAGGUGGUGGACAGCAUGCAGGAGGCUGUGGACCACAUUCACAAGUAUGGCAGCUCCCACACCGACGUCAUCAUCACAGAAAAUGAGGACACCGCUGAGCAGUUCCUGCAGCAGCUGGACAGCGCCUGUGUUUUCUGGAACGCAAGCUCACGUUUCGCUGACGGCUACCGCUUCGGACUUGGAGCAGAGGUCGGUAUUAGCACUGCACGUAUCCAUGCCCGAGGCCCCGUUGGGCUGGAGGGGCUGCUCACCACCAAGUGGGUCCUGAGAGGGGAUGGGCAUACAGCAGCGGACUUCUCUGAACAGGGUACCAUGAAGUACCUCCAUGAAAACCUGCCCAUCGUGCAACCUCUCGUUGGUCAGAGGGACAGCAACUAGACCAGAGACUUUCACAACGUGCACUUGACCUUAACGUUGUUGCAGAUCACAGCUGAUGUCACUUCUUUAAACUUCUGAAGCACACAGCAUAGAGAGAAAAGGUUUACACACCAACGGUCCAUUUUAUACGGACAGCCACAAAGUUGUCCCUGUUUAGACUUCAGACUGUCACUAAGAGUUUACACAUAUUUAAAAUUCUACCUCAGCUUAUGAUUCUUUGAUAUGAGUUGGGUAAGUCACCCUAAUAUGCUCCUGCAGGAUGGACUAUGUGGCAAUCACAACACAAUAUAUCUCCAUUAUUGGAUUAAUUGGAGUACUGUGAGCAAGAAUGGAGUUAACUAAGAUUACAUAAAAUAGAGUAAAUCAAAGGAAACUGAAGUGCUUGAAAUUCUUCUUCUAAUAAAGCAAUCUCAGGAUUUUGAAAGUGACACUAAUUCACAGAAACAUUUCAUUCAUUUCAUCGUAAUAUGUGUAUGAGAAAGAAGUUCAAAUUCUUUCUUGUUAUGUGUAUCAAUACCGAGAAGCAGUCGUUGGCAUUGACAAUCUCCUCAGGCUCCCACCAACAAUCCUCAUUUAAAUAUUUAUACAAAGAUAAACAUGCAAGUAAAAAUGUGACUCUUAAGACAUAAACAACAUUUACUUUCUUUGUCAAUGUUAUUGUGUAAAGCUAAUGCAACGUCAAAGGUCAAGGGUCAACACAGUUGGUAAUUCUCUCUAGCCCUUAAACAGUACUAUGAUGAUGUGCAUGGUGUAUCUAUAUCUAAGAUACAUUUAUUUGAUAUUGUAUAUCAUUCUCACAAGAAACUGUGCUAUAAUUGUACAUAUAUUUUAUAACUGUAAGGCCUCAUUUUAUUGUAGCUGAGUGCAUUGGCUCAAUCAAAGAAGCAGUAAAUGGUUUCUUUGUUUAUGGAACAUCCCUUUUUUUUCUUUUCUUGCUGUAAUUUCAGAUUGGAUUUUCUAAAUGUACAGGUGUUUAUGAGAUGAGGUGCUGAUCUAUAUGUCAUUUAAGACUUGGAAAUAAUACUGUCACAUAGCAUGUUGGCAUUUAAUAGAAGACAAUUUAGCUUUUUCUCAGUUUAACCAAUUUCUGGUGUGUUUAGAGAUGAAUAGUUUCUGUUUUUAAUACUUAAUGAUGAACAUUUUUACACAAGUAUCAGAAAUGUACCAGUUUUGUUUUACAGCAAAACAAGUUAGAAUACUUGUAUGCAUCCAUUUUAUUUCCUUUUUUUUGUUUUUUGUUACAAGUUGUGCUCAUUUUUCUAUGCUUCGCUGCCUUCCUGCUGGUUCAUUGUGGCGCCCAAAGCUUCUGUCAGAGCAGGAGCGGUAAUUGACAAGCUGCCUCCUUCAAGCUGGAGGGCCAACGCGACUGCUUUUAAAUUAAGCUCUGUAACAUUCCAGCCUCUGAGCUCCUGUAUGAUGUCUUGCAAUGCACACUUAAGGAUUGGUUUGGGUUGGAUAAUAGCAAUAUUGUAGCAUUAAAAAAAAACAAAAAAAAGAAUGUUGAAAAAGAAUAUUUGGAUAUUUUUCUCACUUUCUUUGAUUUUUUUUCUCUGUCCUGGCACUAGUCUUUCUACUUCAACAAAGAACACAAAUUAAUGGGGGGAAAAAAAGUCGUGCUGAUCUGAAAAACAGAUGUCUAAAAGAGCCUUUUUAAAGUUGCCCAUAGGGGAAUUCGCAUUGCUGGAAGUGGGGCAAGGAAGAUGGAAGACAAUACUAUAGAGGUUUAAUUAUCCAGCCAUCAGAAAUGAAAAGAGGGAGAAGGAGAACUGAGACUAAUAAUGGAAUCACAGCCUUGUGUUCUGGGUUUCUCUGUUUCUUGCGUUUUCUUUCUCUUUUCCAGCAUCUAAAGAAUUCAUUCUCUAAAAUGCACUACUUACCCUUCAAUCAGCUUCCCAUCACCAAGUCCAAAGGGUUCAGAGAUGAAGAGGGAGACGAAACUCGGAUCUCACUCUUUUGUCCUUUUUUAUGUUCGAAGCGAUUGAAAAUAUCAUCUAAAUGACUUGAGGUAGAGAAGUAACAAUCCAGGGACAUUGAGUAUUGCCUGUUUCAUGCACAGUGUGUUAUAGAGUUGUAUUUUACAAUAUUGCAUCAAAGUUGUUUUCUCCAGUUACGGUAGCUAUUCAGGAUCACAUGUGGAUGUUUUGUUGUGAUAUGGAAGCCUUACAUUGUCAGAAUGGAAAUUUCUGUAUUAUUUUUCAAGUUGAGAAGUGGAUCUUUGCAUUAAACUUCUCAUAUACUGGCAGAAAGAUGCAACCCUGUAUGGUGGAUUCUCAAACUUCCCAGAUAAAUUGUUCCCAAAGUA